AGUUCAAUAUGUAAGGAGAGGAAUAGUCGUUUUUGCUAUUUCAUUAGUUUGAAAACAGUGUCUUGGUUAAUGCUUUGUCGUUCUCAAUCGUCGUUCUACAUAAACGGUAGUUGUAACGCGUGAGUCUACGGCUUUAGCUCUAGCUCUUCAGCUUUGGUCACUAUUACGGUAUCGUUGCGUUGUGAAAGUGUGUUCCAUCAGUGGAACACAGAUUUUACACUCAGUUUGAGCUGAGACUGAGUAUUUGGAUACUCUUUGAGAAAGUGCAACGGCCCAUUUGUGGGAAGAAACGAAUGUAUUGCUAGUUUACAUCUUUCUCUUCUCGUCUUUUCGAGUUGCUCGACGCAUGGUUCGAAAUGAUACAUUGUUCAAGCUGUCUGGAACAACAACCAGUUGCUGUUGUCAUAGUAAUAUUUUUGUAGGAUUCGCAAGUCACGUCGUCUUUUUAACCAAUUACAUUACUGUGCUCUGUGUACUUCAAUAGCUAUAGGUUAUGUUAGAUUGUGCAUUUAGAUUAUUAGAUUUACAAUCUAAUAAGUAACGGCGUGAGGAAAAAAUCUAGCAAACUGUACGACAUCACGUAGCGGUUCGGCUGAACAACUAUCCAGCUCCAACAUAGACCGAAUAAACGACGAAAUAUGAACUUUUUAGAAGUGAUAAAACUCGCCAAACAAAAUACAUCCACCGUAGGCCAACAUGGCGAGAGUCGCUACUACACGACCAAGUUCUCACCACCGAAAAAGGAGGCUAAAGAGAAGAAGUUGUCGGAUAAUAUAAAGAAGUUUCUGGCAAAAAAAGAUGAAGAGGAACGAGCCAAGGUGUUAGAGCAGCGGCGCAAGGCACAAGAGCUGAUGGAGCAGAGGGACGGGAAAGCAAAGAAAAAGAUCGAGAAGAUGCUGAAGGUGAUCAAGUCGGCCAAUAAGUCGGUUAUGGAUGAUGCUGGUCAGGACAAUGGGGAACUGGAUCAGCCAGAUGAGGACGACUACGGCUAUACUUCGAACGUGGCCUCACAAUUUUACAAGCAGCUGAUGGACAAGUACAAAAACAACCCGGAAAAGGAGAAGUUCAAGGAAGCGGAAAAGCGAACGAUGAACAAGGAAGAUCUGGCGCAGACGAAGGCUCGCGUUAAAGAUGCUAUUACACGUCAGGUCGAGGAAGAGCAAAUGCCGCGCAGCCGAAAAGCGCGCACGGUCAGUGAUGGCGGGCGCUGUGUUAGUAAUCAACGCGAUCCUGGGACUCGAUGUAACCGUGUACCAGAACGAUCGGACGAUCCAGUAGAAGAACAGCGUCGCACAGACGUGGAUAUCAAACGGUCGAAAUUGGCUGACAAGAAGAGCAACAGUGGCGGGCGUAAACCAAGCGGUCCUCCUCCGCCCGAUUUUAAAACGUUGAUAAAAUUAGCCGAGCAGAAGCAGUACGAACCCGUCAAGGUGGAUGUCGUAGCCGAGAAAAAGACCCAGGAACCGGAGCGACUGAUGACGAAGAAGGAAAAACAGGAGCAUGAGGAGCGCAUGGCUUUUCAAGAGAUGAGACGAUUGCGCGACCGGAUCAAGGAUGAUCCAAAGCUCUCGGAUAAGGAAAAGGAGCAAAAGCUGAUGAAAUUGGAAGCACUCCGUGCGGCAGGCAAGUUGCCCGGUAUCCCACCGACAACCGGGGUGGUCAAACCAUCUUUCACCGGACAUGCAGCAUUCAAUUGUGGUGGUUCAUGGGUUAAAUCUAACCAGCAAACAGGUGACUCCGGUGUUCGGUCUUCAAAUGAUGCAUCAGGGACAGGAGGAAAGUUUGGCGCCGCACUAAAUUAUAAACCGAUACCCAAGAUGUCCGAACGUCGAACGGAACCGCAAUCGAAAGAAUCUAGUGUUCAGCCCACCCAGCACCAACAGGCCUCGUCAGCUGGACCCAAAGUGAAACCUUUAAGUGUUCCAAGAACAGCGGUUUCUUCUCCGAAAAUAGUUUCGGCAACAGCUGGAAAAUCACUCAAUAUGGCGACGUCAACUUCUAAAAUGACCUCCACAGAUGUUCAACUUGUUCGAUGCAACAAAAUACAAACUGUCACGUCAACGAUAACCUCAAAGGUGCCAGGCAUUGUGAAGAGUAAAUCGUGCAACUCGUCGGCUACGUCGUCUACGACGGCUUCGUCGGCAAUAGUUAAUGCCCCGCGGCACUUGUCGUCCAAGAGCACAACGAACAGUAGCAUACGAAAUAGCCAGUCAGCUACCAAACCUGUAGCCGGAGUGUCGACUAAGCGCCCUUUACAACCAGAGCUUGCCAAGACGCGCCAAUUUCCACCAUCAGAUGUUCAACGCUCAGUGAAGCGACCCAGUGCUAAUAGUAUGGACCGAGGUCACCCCUCGCGCCAUGGAGGGGGGACCAGUGGGGUCAAGAAACGUCGGGUCAUCGACAGCGACACCGAACACGAUAGCGAGAUGGAUGACUUCAUCGAUGACGGCGACUGCGAGGAGGAUUAUUCGUCAGCAAUCAAAGAGAUUUUCGGCUACGAUAAGUCGCGUUACCAGAACGACGAUUAUGAAGCGGAUGACGACAACAUGGAAUCGACAUACGCACAGCAGAUGCGAGAGGAGUUCAUCAGUAAAAAAAUCGGUAUUAUGGAAGAUCUCGAGGAUAUGCGAAUGGAAGAAGAGGAGAAACGGCGUAAGAUGGUGAAGAAAAAGGCUUCGAUUAAGAAGAGAUGAGCUGGUGCGUGCCAGAUAAUUUUACUCGCGGCAACAUACGCACAAUCUAGGUAACGGGAUUAGUUAUUGCCGAGUGAAAAGUUUUCUAUCAAUUUCAUACCAAUUAUCCUUAAUUUGGACUAUUCCAUUUCACUUUAAAUGAGUUUGAGAUUUCACUUGUAAUUCAUGAAAGGGCCAUUUGCACUGUACGUAUCUUUUCGCUUUUUUCAAAUAUUCGUUGAAACCCUGUAUUUACUUGUUCAAUGAAAGAAGAGUAGAGCAUCGUUCAAGUUGUAAUGAAUACAGAACAUGUGAACGAAUAGAAAGUAUAACGAAUACUGGAGAAACGGUGUUUUCGAAUCUGACAAUGGGGCACUCUAGGGUGUCGUAAAACUCUAUACUUAAAAGAGAAAACAUCACAAAAAAAAUAUUUUCGGUUUUGAUUCUUUGUUCACCUUACGUCGUCAUAGACGCAUCGAAAAUAAUCCUUAAGCUUACUUUCAUUUGAUUUUUAUUUUUUUGUGGACUAGUUAGCAGACGUGAGCGUUAUUCUAAUUACUUUUAUGUAAAUGUUCACAAUUAGCAUAUGUUGGGGCAUUUCAGCUAGACUGUAAAAACAAAUAAUCUGUGCUAAAGACAACAAGUAGAACUUCAAGGGAACUAAACAAGAUAAAACAUUAAUGAAAACGAUGACUCCGUUUUGGUCGAUGUAUCCAUUGCGCUCUUCAUUGACUUUCACCAUUCUCCCGGGUGCAAAACAAAUCAAAUCAAACCAAAUAAAGCGCGAGAAAUGAAGUACCGUAGAUUACGGGUAUUAAGACCCACCUUUUUUGCAAAAAAAAGUCAGUCUAAAAUCCAGGGGGGUCUUAAUAGGUGUAGUCAGCGUCUCGGCUGGCUGGAUUAACCCGUUAAUGCAUGGCUGAUGGCACCAAGUUGCCUCCCCUUUUAAUCUUCAAACGUAAAACCCUGCCUAAGGACAAAAUCCCCACAGAAGUAUUGAUUCAUGUUCAUUGAAAAGGAUGGAUGGACCAGCAAGGCAUGGACUUGUGGUUUAAUAAGGUAUGGUCUAGGCGACCUGGAGGCCUGUUGAAGAAGAAUUCUCUUGUGGUUUUUGAUUAGUUUAGAGGGCAUUUGACGGAAAAGGUAAAGCAAAAGGCUAAAGAACUGAGAACCCAGUUAGCAGUCAUUCCAGGUGGUCGCACAAGUCAAUUGCACCCUCUUGAUAUCAGUAUCAAUUAACCCUUUUGAGGCAAAUAUGAAGGAGGAGUGGACCAAAUGGAUGAGUGAAUCUGAUACAAAUUUAUCUUCAUGGGGCUUGAUAAAGAGGCCAACAAUCUCACAAG